AUGUCCGGGGUCUUUCAAGAAUCUUGUGGCCCUACCUCGGCUCUUGGUAAGCUCAACUCGCAUGUGGGUUCCGACAGGUCUCUUCAGCAGUCAGUUGGCAGACCGCAACAAGGAUUUGGUGGGCUGAAUGAGUUCAGAUCGAAGUUUCAAGUGGAUGAGUUUGUCCAGAGCGAUUUCCAACGGUUUGGAAGUCAGCAAAAUGGCAAUAUUAAUGGGUUACAGUUUCAGCCUCAGCCCAUACAACACCCGCAGCAACCCGGUUCGAUGAUGCUUCAAAGGCCUGAGAUGGAUAUUGGAGAGUUCCAGGCUCAUAUGGGAGCACAAUACCAACAGCCAGUUCAAGUGCAAAAUCAAUAUCAACAUGAGCAAGCAUAUCAGGGCCAGCAUCAACAGAACCAGUUUCAACAGAACCAGUUUCAACAGAAGCAACGUAUGCACCAUAUGCAGAGUUUGCCAAAUCAACAAGUCCAGCAGUUGCAACAAAGCCAAAACCAGAAUCAGCUCAAAACUCAACCAGCUUGGGUGACUAGUUUCCAGAACUUACAACUCGAAGAGAGCUGGGAUGAGCCUAUUCACAAACUACCUAUGUUCGAGUCGAGAGUCUACGACCAAGGUUUGGGAGUGGCUCAAGAGCAGAAUUUGCAACCACAGCAGCAAGUACCGGUUCAGUCACAUGAUUCGCUUGCUACGGACUUCACCCGCGAGUUUGACGCUUUGGAAUCAGAACUCCAAAAGCCGGCCUCGCAGGAGCAGCAGACCAAGGACUUCGAGGCAGAAAAGAUCAAACUGGCAGAAAUCGCCCGCAAUGUGUUUACUUCCAUGACUACCGGAACCAGCACGACUGAUACGAUAUCGAAGUUCCAGAACUCUAAUUUUCUAAAGCUCAUGGAAAAGGUAGCACAGAGGCAAGUGGAGAUCAACCCCGAGGGAAACAAGUUCAUAGACCAAAAUGGAAACGAUAUAAGGGACUUGUUGCCAGAUCCUUUGCGUGACAUUAAAGAGGCAGCUGAGCCCUUUCAGAGUGCGAAUGAGGCUCAACCAGGUUUGAGGCCUUCACAAUGGGAGGAGGUGUUCGACGAUGCAUAA